ACAUUUUGUUUUCAAGAAACUGUACUGCACAUUAUAAAAGACCGUAUUUGCAUUGUCAUUGGCGGCACUGCGGCACUUCUUAUGGGUUUUUCACUUCACAGUUUUUCAUUAAAUUUCUGGAAUACAGUUGGUCUGGAAAAUUGUUAUUGCUGUACUGAUACUCCAAAAUACAUUCAGAAUGCCUGUACCUUGCAGGACGGGUUGUGGCAAAAAUGCAGUUUUAAAGCGACCAAAAACUGGGGACGCUCUGUGUAAAGAAUGUUUUUUCACUGCGUUUGAGACAGAAAUUCACUACACUAUUACAAAAGGGAAAUUAUUCAACAGAGGUGAUUCUGUAGCUAUAGGAGCCUCUGGUGGGAAGGAUUCAACAGUACUUGCAUAUGUCUUGAAGAUGUUAAACCAGAGAUAUCACUAUGGCUUGAACCUUAUGCUGCUAUCCAUUGAUGAAGGCAUCACUGGUUACCGAGAUGACAGUUUAGAGACAGUAAAGCAGAAUAGAGAUGACUAUGAAAUGCCAUUGAAAAUAUUAUCAUAUAAAGACUUAUACGGUUGGACAAUGGAUGAGAUUGUAGCUGAAAUUGGUCGAAAGAACAACUGUACUUUCUGCGGAGUAUUCAGACGUCAGGCAUUAGAUCGUGGCGCUGCAAUGCUUGACGUACGUUGUAUAGCAACUGGGCAUAAUGCAGAUGACAUUGCUGAGACCGUUUUGAUGAAUGUAUUAAGAGGGGACAUUGCGAGGUUGAAGAGGUGUACAGCUAUAUCUACUGGCAGUGAAGGCUCAAUACCACGAGUGAAACCAUUAAAGUACACUUACGAGAAAGAAAUAGUAAUGUACGCUCAUUAUAAGAAGUUGGUAUACUUCUCAACAGAGUGCGUGUUUGCUCCCAAUGCUUACAGAGGUCAUGCGAGGGCGUUGUUGAAGGAUAUGGAGAAGAUUAGGCCAUCUUGUAUUAUGGAUAUUAUUUAUUCAGGAGAAACAAUGGCAGUCAAAGAAGAAGUAUCACUACCAGUUCAAGGUAUAUGCACUAGAUGCAACUUCGUAUCAUCACAAGCAAUUUGCAAAGCAUGUGUUUUAUUAGAAGGCCUUAAUAAAGGAUUACCCAGACUGGGCGUGGGCAAAAGUUCAAAAGCUAAGAAGAUGUUAGAUGAAUAUAACGCAAAGAAGGACAAAGAAUGUUUAGAUAAAGCUAUUAAUGAUUUCGCAGACAACAGUUGUAAAUCUAAAGGAAAACCUUGUAGAACAGGUCUUUGUAAAACGAAAAGUGAAGGAGGAACUGAAAAACGUGACACAAACUGUUGUAAAGAGAACAGCGAUACCAAUGUAGUUCUCGAAGGUAACUCGAAAAUAAAUAAACUACUCCAGGAAUAUGGAAUAGAACACUCAGAUCGUGAAAAAGUAAGAGUGACCAGAGACACUGAUCAGGAAAACCAAAAACAUAGAGCUACAGACUCGAAUAGUGAUUCAGACAAUGAAGAUUCUCUCUUAACUGGCCAGGACGAAAAUAACACUUGUGCUGGAACAUGUGGCACAAUGGGCUCUUUAAAUACAGGAUUUUGACAACAGAUUAUUAUUUAUCCAAUAUUUGUAAAUAGUAAAUAAAAUAUAAUAAUUUAGUUAAAAUCACUUUUAUUUCUUUAAUAU